CAGUCGGUUUAUGAUGCCAAGAUUUCGAAGACAUUAUUUACUGCUGGGCUCAGAGGGCUUCUCUACCAGAUGGCGCAGAGAACUUAGCCAGCAUUUCCGACGCCAGAUCGAUCCGAAGGGACUUUGUUUUCCAGCCGAGCAGACAGCCGCUGACGAACCGGUGGGGGCACAAGGUAUUCGACGGGAGGGAGAGCUUGCCGAAGGACGCGCACCCGAGUGGAACGCAGCUGCGCCGCCCCCUUCUUCAGAACUUCGACGGCACGUCAGCCUUCGGCUCCUGCUUCAUUCCGCAACCGGGUUUGUCGACCCAGGUCCAAACUGGCGAGUCUUUUCAGCGGUCCCUUCAUCAUUCUCAAGUGCUGGAUCACUGCAGGGCAUCUGCUUUCACCUGCUGUGGCCUGAGGCUGAAGUAGAGGUGGGGAAGUCAGGAUUCCGGCGGCUCACUGUCUCGUUUGGCCCCCUGGAGACCAGAAUGGGUCCAAAGGACACCCUCCAAGCAGUGGGGAAGAACACUCGCCUGGAGGAGGAUGGAUGCCAAAGGAAGACGCAGGCAGCAGGAUUUUGCCAACUGCCGCGGGGGAAAGGCAAGGGUCGCUUUCUGGAAGCCCUUCCAUCGCUGGGCAUCUUGCUUUUCCCUCUGGCCCGGAGAAACUGCGCCUGCCGCCAAGAGUCCUCGAGGCAAUCCCAAGCACCCGUGUCUUGGGCCUGCAGUUUCGCAAAAGCGGCUGCUGGAGCGGCAAUGUAGAGUUGAUCCAAAUUGUGUCCUUUUCGGGGCAGAGGUCUUUUUCCUGGCGGGGAGGGGGAGCGCCUUUGGGCAAGGACUCAGCGCUAAGGUAAACCCUUCGGGGGAUUCAGCUUUUGACAGAAGCAUCCUUCCCACCCUUGCACUUGCGCUGUAUGGCCGCGAUCCCGCGGAACUGCUCCCUGCGCCUUGCGAGGAAACGACUCUGGCGCAGGAGAGCUUCCGGUCAAACCCUGCCUCGUGGCCGCUUGGUCUUUUCCCCAAGCGGCAAAAGGGAUCAUCUGGCUGCUUCAAGUAAAGCCAGGCUCCGUUUAGGAUCCCAGGGACUGCCCAGACAGGAUUUCGAAGUCAAUGCCGAGUGCGAUCCAAGACUCAGGAUAAUGUUGCUUGGAUGCCUGCAAAAUGUCGGGAUCAGUAAAGUCCCUAGAAAAGAGCCAAUUCAUAUUCUGCCUCUUAAUAUUUAGAUAUAGCUUUUUAAGGUAUAGCUUUUUACGAUAUAGCUUUAAGAUUUCUCGCUCCUGCUCUUUGGAGGGAAAUCUUUUGGCCACCUCAGCCGUUGCAGUUGUUUUGUUACACACCCCGGAGCGGUGCUCUAGCAGGAGGGCAGGAAAGUUCGGGAAGUCGUCUGUGUUGCCUGCCUCUGACUAUCUCCCCGGCGAAAUGGCGACACUUUGCCCCCUCCCUCUCCCUGCCCUUCCUCUCCCCACUUCUUUUCAUUUUGAUUAAAAUGGAGUUGGUUAGAAAUGGAUUCAACAUUGCUCUUAAAAAAUGGAAGGAAAAGGGUGGCUGGAUUUUGCAGGAAAAAAGUGAGUCAAGAGUGACGAAGGGGGUUUCUCUGAACAAGGCUGCUAGGAGAUCCACCACGGAUGCUUCGAGGUGAAACCACCGGCCUCCCUUCAAAAGUUAGUCAGUUUCAGUCCAGGUACACCAAAUUAAGUUAGCCAGAAGGAAAUAUUGUUUAAUUCCGUUGGCUUACUCCCAGGAAAAUGCUCUUCGGGUUGCAGCCUUAGAUUCUAGAAGCAAGCCUUUAUUGGCAUAGAACCUUAGAUUCCUGCUCUGCAUCCUUUUCACUCUGGCACAGAAAUGCCCCAACCCAGCAGGUCUUGCCUGCCAACCAUUCUCUCUCUGCCCCCGCUUGACUCUGACCCCCGCUGUGUCUGAAGCCGGGCAGGCCCACUUCCAGCUCAGGCCCAGGAUGGUUCUGAGGAGGGCUCCACCUUUCAGGGGCCACAGAGCUGCGUCGGGAGCUGCGUCGGGACUCGGAACUCUGCAGUCCGAUCCGCUGAAAACCAGGGCUGCCUGCAGGUCUGCGGAGCAUCAAGGGCAUUUUCUUAAAGAGUUCCUCCGGGACUCGGCCCAAUAAGCUCCGGGCUGCCUUCGUCGGCGAAUGCCAGACCCCCCCCCCCCCGGAAGUCAUUUCGGGAUCCUGGGGAUCCAUUGCCAGGGAUGAAGGGAAGGUCUCCGAGAGUGCAGGAAGGUUCCUGGCUGCCUCGGUGUCUUUUCCAUGAAAGCCACUGUGAGGGGCUGUUGUAGGCAGGACGCAUCUUUUAGCAACCUCAGUCUUAGCCCAGUAAAAGCAAGUGAAGGGCAAGCAGUGCCGGAUUUACUGAUAGUCUUGACCGGUUGAAUCAAGGGCCUCCAAAUGAAGGGGGUCUCCGGUAUAUCGAUGUUCGGCACUGUCUCACAGGCCUUUCUUACACAUGCUGUCUCUGCACAACCCUUGAGAACUUUUUCGUUGCAUCCAUUUCAGAAUAAUACAGAAUCAAUGUCUUAA